GCGUGUGUCUGUACAUUACCGGUCCCAGUGUGCGAGUGUUGAACGUGCACUAACACGCGUAUGCGUGUGAACGUGCACCGAUCCAUUGUUUGUGUGCGUGCGCGCAGAAUGGAGACGUUCGAGGAGAGCGCGACGCAGAUGCUGGGCCAGUUCCGCGCGCUGCUGCACCGGCAGCCGCUGCCGACGCCGGCCGCGCGCCUGCUGCAGCUCACCGCGCUCAACAUGUUCGCCGUGGAGACCAACGCCGCCUAUCUUAAAGGCAGCGAAACCGGCGAACGCACGGCCUGGUUGGACUGCGCUCUGGCCGUGUCGCUGCUGAUGUUCGGCGCGCUGCUGGAGCGGUGCUGCGCGCUGCUGCCCGAACCGCCGCAUUCGCAACAGCACACCGAUGCUCUGUCCCUACUGCCGGCUAUCAAGGUGUGGUCCGACUGGAUGUUAUGUCAUAGUAGUGUAUGGAAUCCACCACCGUGCUUAGACAAUUUUGGAACAGAAAACGAGAAUGAUCCAUGGUCGUGGCUAGCGAAGUUGAUGAAUAUACUCGAAUCGAUGGACGACAAAUCCAUAGAACUCGAAAGUGAAGCUAAAGACGGCCACGUGUGCGUCCGGCUGGCGGAGGACGCGUCGCUGGCGGGGUUCACGCCGCUGAUGUACAUGGAGCCGGCGGCGGCGUGGGCGCGCGCCGAGCCGCCGCUGCCGCACCACGCCGCCGAGCACGCGCUGCGGACGCGGAAGCUGCUCUUCUUUGGCACUGAAUAUUUAGUGGGUGUAGAGCCGCCGGUCUUGAAGUUAGAAUACCCCACAGACGCACAGCCUCGCUACGUUAGCGCGGUUCAACAAACACAGAUCAACUAUACACAACUUCAACAUUUGACAGAAGACUCCGAAGACGAAGACAGCACGAGCGGCGCAACCAGCGGCCCCGCCAGCCACAGCGAGGGCGUAGACGUUGAGGGCGCGGACGAAGUCACCAGGAGACUGCUGCGUCGGAAAGAGCAAUUGGAAACUCGGAAGGCCACUCUGGAAAAACGACGACAGAGGAUGCAGGAGAUGCUGGGCAGCGGCUCGGUGUGCGUGGAGCUGGAGGUGCGGCCGCGCUGGCUGGUGCCCGACACCAACUGCUUCAUCGACCACCUGCCGCUGCUGCGCGCGCUCGUCGCGCCCGCGCACACCUACCAGAUUGCGGUGCCGUUAGUUGUAAUGACCGAAUUGGAGGGUCUCUGCCGAUGUUCGCGGCUGGGCGAGGCCGCGCGCAACGCGCUCGCGUGGGUGAGCGGGAGCGGGAGCGGAGGCGGGAGCGGAGGCGGAGGCGGAAGCGGCACCGGCAGUAUGGAGCGGUCGCGUGGCGUGCGAUUAGUGACGACCCGCGGGUCUGUGCUCACGUCGCGCACCUUCACCGCGGAGGACCACCGCCCUGGACACUCGAACGACGAUCGCGUCUUGGACACUGCUAUCAACCUACAGGCCAACAUUUCUAACGAACAAGAUACGAAAGAGGAGAAGGCGGGUGGGGCGGGUGGGGCGGGUGGGGCUGCGCGCGCGCGGCGCGUGUGCGAGGUGGUGCUGCUGACGGACGACCGCAACCUGCGCGUGAAGGCGCUGGCGGCCGAGCUGCCCGCGCGCGACCUGCCCUCCUUCGUGCAGUGGGCCGGCGUCACCAGCGACGCGCACGCGAAACCAGAGUCUUCAUCCGUCGGUAACUCCUCCGGCGACUCUAAGUAAUGUGCGCGUAUAAAACGUUCUUUUUUAGUUUUAGUUAAAAAAUCGUUGAUAUGAAUUCGUAAAGCGACGCGAAUGUUGUAUGACAUUGUAGUUUUUAGAAUACAAAUCAAAUAUUAUAAUAAUAAAUUUUUGUCGCCAGAGCUUACGCGACGCCCUGAAUGUGUUUCACUUUAGUUUUAUAGGAAUUGAAUAGAAUAAGCAAAAGAAAAUACACUAAUAGAUACAUAUUAUAUAUUAAUUAAUAAUAAUGAAAUUUUGUUAACCGCUUUAGGACUUCACUUUGGUGUUCCUAGGCUUAAUUUUUUUCAUUGUUACAUAUAAUUUUUAUUUUUUUAUAAUGAAAUAAAUUUGAGUGUUUCCACGUUAUUAUUUUUAUCAAAAAAUUUGACGUUUUUGCAUCAUGUUAUAAAGUAGACGUGUUACAGUGAUUAUUGAUUAGAUAGUUUUCUUAUUACGCGAAGUACAUAACUCGUAGUGUAUUUUUGACAAAAGGAUAAUUGCCUUGUUUUAUAGUAAGUAAUAGUAACAAUACCUAUGAAUUUUAUUGUUGCUUCUAAUUUUAACAGUUGUUUAGGGCGUGAUUUGUCUCAUUUUAUUGUGGCUUUAAACGUUUUAUAAAACUACUGAUAACUAAUUGGAGUAGGUACAAAGAGUUUUUGUAAUCUAUAAAUGUUCAAACUGACUGCAAAGUAGAAGAGUUGUAUAAGUAAAAAUAUAUUAAAUCAUGAGCUAUAUGAUGAAUUCACUAUAAUCUUUAUAUACUUUUGUUAAGUGUUUAAAAUCUCACUGUCAAUGAUUCUAAGGAAAUGUUCAUUUUUUCCAUUUUUAUUCCAUAAAAGUCUAUAUUCUUCUAUUAUUUUUGCUAGAUAUUGAAGUAAUUUUAAUUGUACACUUAAACAAGUUAUUCAUAUAUUUUUACUUUAUAGUUAGAAAAAAGUAUUAUAUUGUAAUAAAACAGAUUAUAAUAAAAAUGAUUUGUAACUAUAGAGUUUAAUAUACACAUUAAUUUUUCUUUUAGAAAACUUUGAAGCUAUUUUCUUUGUCCUAAUCAUGUUUCAAUAAACAAUGAUCACAUCAGAAA